CGAAAACCAUAAUUAUGGUGACGAACACAUGGGUGUUUUCGUUGCUCUUCCUUCGGCGGAUACUGUGACGAUCGGUUGUCCUAGCCGUUUCUGUAACUCUGAAAGCGUUGUGAUUUCUCCGUCUUUAAUCUCAUUUAAUCGAGCGUUGUUCAGUCGGUGAUAUUGUGUAUAAAUAGUCCGGUAGGUGUUCAUCUGUUGGUUGAGGCCAGGCUGCUGCGAUCCUGGGAGACUAGGAAUGUGAAGCGUGGUGGUGAGCUAAUGUGGAUUGAUUUGCUUUCGUAGAUGUUAACAGGAAUGGGAAAGGCAGAGGAAACUGUAAAAACAAUUCAGCGUUGUUGAUGUUUUUCGCGAGGAAUCUUUGCGCAUCUACAUACAUAUUUGCCGAAUCUUUGCGAGACAGAGACCCACAGCAUGAGCAGUUUCAGCAGUCCAAGUCACGUUCACGAAGCCGUCUCGCUUAGUCCUCUCCCUCAGUAUCAUACUGCUGCCCCCCGCUUUGCUGCAGGGGCCUCAUCGAAUGCUCCAAGGCAACCUCUCAAUCCAGCAACCAGUCACAUGAUCCACUCAACCUUUGAUGAAAAGGUAAUGCAGAAAGGAAACAAGGCGGAUCCAUUGUUACACCAUGCUCCUGCUCCUGCUCCGGCAGCUUCUCUUCUGAGAGAUGUGAGAAGAACAUCAGUUGUUUGGGACCAAGAAGCAGGUAGAUACGUAUUAGUACCUGCUACAACAUCUGAGGCAAGAACCAGAUUAACUUCGCAUCACCAGCCAAUUCCUAGCUCACACACUCAGAAUCCAAGAUCAGUUCUUCCACCUCAAGAUUGUUCAUCAGGGAAAGCUCCUCCUCCCCUUCCUCCACCUCAGCAAGGAGAGAGACUGAUGUAUACAGGUGACUCUAUCUUCUUUGGAGGUCCGCUGGUAAAUAUCCCGAACAGAGAUGGCCUAAGAAACGAAGGUGACUCGGGAAGAGAGGGGCAAGACAGAAUGACAUUGGCAUUACCUUUGAGUAUUUGAUUAUUGAGAGGUAUGCGGAGGACUUAAUGAGGUAGAAAGUAGAAAUCCUUUGUGAACAUUUCUUCCACGGGUCUAAGCCUUAUCUUACUUCAUUGCUUUGUAUUCGCUUAAAGGACCAGUUUGUAUGACUCCAUCAAUCUGACCUCUUGAUUUUAUGAUCAUUACUUUAGA